AUGGAAAACAUAAAAUUAGGAUUUUUAGGUCUAGGACAAAUGGGAUUAGCAUUGGCAAAUGGAAUGUCUAAUUCCAAUAUAAUUAAAAAGGAAAAUAUUUAUUAUUAUUCCCCAUCAAAAAAAAAUACCGACUUUGUUUAUGUGAAUUCAAAUGUAGAGGUUGCCAAAAAAUGCGAUAUAAUUAUAUGUGCAGUUAAACCAGAUAUGGCCAGUUCGGUUUUAAGUGAUAUUAAGCCCUAUUUGGCAUCAAAGUUGCUAAUAUCCAUUUGCGGAGGAUUAAAGAUCAAAACUUUGGAACAAAUGGCUGGAGAUGAUGCUAAAAUUGUGUGGGUUAUGCCUAAUACCCCAUGUUUAGUUGGAGAAGGAACAUUUAUUUAUUGCUAUAAUAAAAAUGUGAAUGCUCAAAAUAAAAAACAUGUGGAUGAUUUAUUUAAUUCCUGUGGAGAUGCAUAUGAAGUAAACGAAAAACACAUGGAUAUAGGAACAGCUAUAUCAGGUUGUGGGCCUGCAUAUGUUUAUUUAUUUAUAGAAAGUUUAAUUGAUGCUGGAGUUAAAAAUGGAUUAAACCGAAAUUUAUCAAAAAAAUUAGUUUUACAAACUCUUAAAGGGUCUGUUAAAAUGGUUAAAGAAUCUGAUCAACCAGUCCAACAAUUAAAAGAUAACAUAUGCUCUCCAGGAGGCAUUACAGCUAUGGCCUUAUAUACCCUUGAAAAAAAUGGUUUCAAAUAUGGAGUUAUGGAAGCAGUUGAUGCCGCUUUCCAAAAAUCAAAAGCAAUGAGCUAA